UCAAGAAUUCAACCACUUUGAUUAUCGGCAUCACCAAUUUUGAUAAGGUCACAUAAAUUGAGAUCUAAACUAUUCAGACAGUCUACAUCAUCAACGCCUUAAUAAAUCGUAUUAUCCCCUUCAUCCUGCUCUGUAACUCAGUAAACCCUUUCUCAUACACUGCACACAACAACCGUUAUCCAACAUGGAUUCAACCUCCUCCACCAUAGACGAUGAAAUAGCCGUUGAUCUAACACCGAUCCUUAAACUAUACAAAAACGGUCAUCUUGAAAGACUAAUGGGUGAAGAGGUUGUUCCACCAUCCCUUGAUCCAACAACAAACGUUGAAUCAAAAGAUGUUAUAAUCUCCGAAGAACAUGACAUAUCAGCAAGACUUUUCAUUCCCAAAACCACCUACCCACCAACCCAAAAACUCCCUCUCCUUGUUUACUUCCACGGUGGUGCUUUCUGCAUCGAAACCGCUUUCUCGCCGAAUUACCAUAACUAUCUCAACUCUGUUACUUCACUUGCUAACGUUAUUGGUGUCUCUGUUAACUACAGAAGAGCACCAGAACACCCUGUUCCUAUUGCUUAUGAAGAUUCAUGGCUUGCACUCAAAUGGGUUGCUUCACAUGUUAAUGGAAAUGGCUCUGAUGAAUGGUUGAAUCAAUAUGCAGAUUUUGAGAAAGUGUUCUUAGGAGGUGACAGUGCUGGUGCUAAUAUUUCACACUAUUUGGGUCUUCGGGUCGGGAAAGAAAAAUUGGAUGGUGUGAAUCUUGAAGGGCUUGUUUAUAUUCAUCCUUAUUUUUGGGGUGUGGAUCCAAUUGGGUCAGAAUCGAAUCGGGCUGAACAUGUAGAAUUGAUUCAUAAUUUAUGGCGUUUUACAUGUCCAGCCACGAGUGGAUCCGAUGACCCGUUAAUUAACCCGGCUAAAGAUCCGAAUUUGGGGAGUUUGGGUUGUAAGAGAGUGCUUAUUUGUGUUGCUGAGAAAGAUUUGUUGAAGGAUAGGGGUUGGUAUUAUAAAGAGUUGCUUGAAAAAACUGGUUGGGGUGGUAUUGUUGAAGUGAUUGAAACAGAGGAUGAGGAUCAUGUGUUUCAUAUGUUCAAUCCAUCAUGUGAGAAAGCUAAGGUUUUGCUUAAUCAAGUUGUCUCCUUCAUCAAAAGUGCUUGAAAAUAUCAUGGCUGCUUGUAUUCUGCUAGUAGAAAAAAAUAAAGACUGCUUCAAAAUAAACAAUUACAGUGAAGAAAGUAAUUUUAAAAUCAUACAAAAGCAGGUGAUGUAGUAAAGUUGUGAAUUGUCAUAUACAUUUCCAUUCCAAAAAUUAAUAAUAAAUGUCUAUGAGUAUGAAUUUUUACAGCA